AUGCCUGAUACACCAACGCUUACCUGGUCGACCCACGAGAGAGAGUACAGUCGCUUUCAGGAUCGCUUUUUGAAAAGGAGCCUUAGACCAACCGAAUAUAAGUUGGACUUUCGUGGCCAACCAUAUGUUCCAGUUGCUAACGAGGCUCGACUUGAGAAUGAGGCUGCCUGCCUGCGAUUCAUUAAGGCUGCAACAAAUAUCCCAGUGCCUGAAGUGCUUGCAGCAUAUGAGAAGGAUGGGUCGUUCUUCCUCUGGACGGAAAUCUGUCACGGUAUCCCAAUGAAGGAACUCUCCGUUACCGAUCAGGCAGUUGUGAUAAAGGAGCUCGAAGGCCACCUCCGCAUACUGCAAACCCUUCGUUCAAAUCGCAUUGGUGGUCCCACAGGCAUUAUUUGUCCUCCGCCUAGAGUUUCCUUGCACUUUCCGAAGGAUAAAGUAUGGCCUUCGAUCUCCUCAUCGGACGACGAGUUUGUGUUCUGCCACGACGAUCUAUCACAGUUCAAUGUCAUAGUUGAUAAAGAUACUCUUACGAUCUCCGGAAUUAUCGACUGGGAAUUCGCCGGCUAUUAUCCAAGCUACUUCGAAAGUCCCUUUUAUCGAAGCUCUAAGCCUUCAGGGGCGCAAGUGAAGGAUCUCCCGGAUACCUCAAAGCUGAUAUCCUUCUUUGCAGUGCGCUUCCUAACAGAUUGUUUAUAUGGGUAG